AUGAUGUUCAUUAUUUACAAGCGAGCGAUUUUAUUGUUAACAUUCUUUAUAUAUCUAUUUGCAAAAAUAAUUGAUGCUCAAGAGUUACCCGAUACAAAUGAUGCUUGUAGUCCAAUUACAGAUCCAAUCAAUGGAUUUAAAGUGAGAUGGUAUAAUUAUACCUAUAAUGAUGGUACCACCUUUAGUAACUUAGAUUACAUGGCCUAUGGAUAUUAUCAAAACUCUGCACCAUAUCAUUUUCAAAAUGGUGUAAGUACUGUUACCUUUGCAACAGGAUAUCCAUGUUAUUACAAUGAAAGUGAUUUGGCCGAUUAUUUUAUUUGUAAAACAGCUCAUUAUUUUUUAAAUCCUGGAGUAAGCUAUCCAUGGACUUGUCCAGAUGCAGAUGCUCCAUAUAAUAGCUACAUUUCUCCAGAAACCGGUGAUUAUACUUUUACGCUAGGAAAUGUUGAUGAUUCUGCUGGUGUUUUAUUUGGGGAUAAUGCCUUUGGAUGUUGUGAACAAAAUGAUAUUACUGCUACUUCAACAGAUUUUUUUCUUAAUGCUAUAAGAGGUUGGUAUUCAGGAGUAGAUGGUGACAGUUCAAGUGAAAAGACGCUAUUUGGUGGAUUAUAUUAUCCACUAAGAAUUGUAUUUACCAAUGCCUUAGGAAAAGCAAAUAUGAAUUUCACAGUAACUUUACCGGAUGGAACUGUAAUGAGUGAUUUUACAAAUUACGUAUUUACAUUCGAUGGAAAAGAAUCUUAUUGCCCAGCCUAUGAACACAAUACUACUACCUACACGCCAUGGACUGGUGCAUUUACUUCUACCAUUGGUACUAGUGUAACUACCAGUAUUGGCUCAGACGGUAUUCCAACUACAUCUACCAUUUACACCGUUGAAACUCCAGAAGUUGAUGCUGUUACAACCACCUACAUACCAUGGACUGGUUUUGUUACAUCUACUAUUGGUAAUAGCAUUAUAACUACUACCGGUUCCGAUGGUAUUUCAACCACCUUUACCAUUUAUACAGUACAAACUCCAAUGAUUCCAGCUGAUAGUACUACAUAUGAAGCUUGGACUGGAUCUGUUACUACUACUGUUGGUACUUCAAUUUUUACUACUACUGGUACUGAUGGAGUACCAACCACAUCUACCAUCUACACAGUGCAAACGCCUACCAACAAUGGUGUUACUACCACUAAUGUACCAUGGAC